GGCGGCCUCCGACCCGUCGCCCUGGUCCAGGCCACCGCAGGGGCCUCGCCAGAGCUGGACCAGGAUGCGCCUCCACUUAGCAAGGCUGGACAGGAUGUGGUUUUGCAUCUGCCCACAGAUGAAGUGAUCCUGGAUGGCCGCGAAAGCUCAGAUGACCAUGCCAUCAUCCAGUAUGAGUGGACAUUGCUACAAGGUGACCCAUCAGUGAACAUGAAGGUGCCCCACCCGGGAACCCUGAAGCUGUCCCGCCUUCAGGAAGGAACGUACACCUUGCAGCUGACUGUGACCGACACCGCGGGUCAGAGAAGCUCAGACAAUGUGUCGGUGACGGUGCAUCCCAGGACCUACUCGCCGGGAGGAUGCUUGAACACCUGCUCGCGCUACCACUUCUUCUGUGAUGACGGCUGCUGCGUUGACAUCACCCUGACAUGUGACGGAGUGCGGCAAUGUCCUGACGGAUCUGACGAGGAUUUCUGUCAAAAUUUGGGCCUUGACCGCAAGCUGGUGACUCACACAGCAGCCAGUCCUGGCCAGCCGGGCAACGCAGUGCUAAUCGCUGGGGAGGACUCACAGUUGGAAAAGUCUCAGAAACCCACACCCCCCAACCAGCCAGCAACCUUAUCAAGCACAGAGAAGAGGAAUCACUCUUCCUGGGAGAGACCAGAGAGCCAAAUCAGUCCUGUGAUGCCAGAUAGCAGUUCCUCGGGGAAGAACAGAAAUGAGGAAAAUUUUAUUUUUGAGUCAAAGAGCCAUCGAGGAAGAGGGGAACACCCAGCUCCUGAAGCAGGUGCGGUGCUGCCCCUGGCUUUGGGUUUGGCCAUCACUGCUUUGCUGCUUCUCAUGGUUGCUUGCCGACUACGACUGGUGAAACAGAAACUUAAGAAAGCCCAUCCCAUUACAUCCGAGGAAUCUGACUACCUCAUAAAUGGGAUGUAUCUGUAGUAAUGUAACUUAAACAGCUUGGGGCAAGGACAUGUUUUGCUUAUAAUUUAUUCUAUAUUAAGUUCUGGUGUUUACAACCUCUUUUUACAAUUGGGCUAGAAGAUUCUUCAAAUUGCAAACCUUUGUCUUUAUUUAUUGUAGAAAGAUUUUCCUUAGGGAGUAUGUGAAAUACCUUGAAAUGUAGGGAGGAAUUCAUGUGCUUAAAGAUUCUACCAGUCUGAUUCUGAUUUACUAACCUGUCCCUAGAAACAUAAAUUUGUAGUUAGCUGAGAUUAAACAAAGACUUGUCCUUGGAAUGGUGGCACUCACCGUCCUCUUUUGAGAAGCCAACACUGGCCGCUGGCAGUGCUGGGCCACUUUAGGCCAGCUUCCCCACAUUUUGUGGCCCUGUCUUCCUUUAAUCUCCAAUGUUCUGUUUCUUUUCCCCUCUAAAACCUGUUUCUGAUCUCAAGUGAGUUUACUCUUUCAAAUGUCACAUAUGGCAGGUGUACAUAAAUUAUAAGCCUUCUCAACAGGUCAGUGAUGCCUCACGGGACAGGAAUGUGGGUUCUUUCCAGCACUUCUGAUAUCAUGGCAUGUAGUUGGCUGCCUCAAGCUGAUCUUUGGAGCAAAUAAAAAACAAUUUUGGAUUAGGAACAGUUCUAAGACAGUUAUAAAGUGAGAUCAGAAGCAGAGAAUAUGGUGGGCCAAAAAA